CAAGAGGAAGAGUCACACACUCGAGUGUUCAGUUGCGGGUCAGUCACACGCAGGUACACAGGAUACUGAGGUUGGCUGAGAGACUACAAGAUAGAGAGACAGAGAGGACAAGAGACAGAGGACAGACACUGGUUGCUCAUAGACACUCAGGGAGGGCACUGACAGCCUGACAUAUGUGUGGCUCCUCUCAAGGCUUCACAGCCUCCUCUCAGUGCACCACAGCCAUGUUAACCUCAGAAAGCUCACCGCAAAGCACAGGGGUCAUCGCAGCAGCGGCGGCGAUGUCAGAUACACAGGACGCAGACAUGACCUCGUGGAGCGAGGCGAACUUUGAGGAGAAGUGCACUUAUAUCGUGAAGGACCAACUUCUGGAGGAAGAGUCCGAAAGCAACGGCAAGACGCGAGCCGAGAGGUCCUUACCAAGAAACCUGGCCUUGAAACGCUGCCGCAACUCCGCAGAGGUGCUCGGGGUGACCAGCAAGGAGCUGAUUCCUAAGGGGACACGUUUUGGCCCUCUAGUGGGGGAGAGCUACACGGACGAAACGCUGCUGAAAAACGGCGCCGACAGGAAGUACUUCUGGAGGGUCUUCUCGGAGGGGCGUUUGCACCACAUCCUGGACGGUUUGAACGAGGAGCGGAGCAACUGGAUGCGUUACGUCAAUCCGACCUGCGCCGUGGAGGAGCAGAACCUCGUGGCCUGCCAGAGCGGUUUGGACGUCUACUUCUACACCAUCAAACCGCUGCAGCCGGGCCAGGAGCUCCUCGUGUGGUACUGCUCUGAAUUCGCCCAGCGCUGCAACUACCCUCCGCUGGGCCAACUGGCGAUUGACAGUAUUGCUAAGGAGAAGACAACAGGGAAACGAGGACACAGCGUCUCUGAAAUCCUCCGAGACGAGCCUUCCAAAUCCCCGACUACCUGCCCCAGACGUCUGGAUGGUCCCUCGUCUCGUCAGACCAACCUCCCGGUAGUUUUUCCCAUGUGUCCCCGUGUUGUCUACCCAAUCCAGCCCCACUCAGAACCUAUCCACGGCCAUAGAUAUGCACCGCUGCCAUCCUGUAGCCCUCCAGCUGCCAAAAGACCAGCUCUAAGUGUUCCCUCUAGUUUGCACUUCACCUAUCAGCACAGUCAAGGUCCCGCUGUAGCCAAACCUUACCAAGAGCCUGAUCGAGUUCAUCCUGCUCUGAGGCAUUCUCCCUAUCUACUGCCUCACUACUCACUCGGCCUUAACAGCAUUCUACCUCAUUCAUACCCGUUCUACAGAGAUCGACUGAAACCUCACUUCACACAUUUACUGCCUUUCGAAGGCUACGCACACUUCAUCCAUCCUCAGGCCAACGCACACAAAGACUUGACAUUUGCACUAUCCAACACAAACAAACAAGACCUCAUUCUUUCACCAACCAGUGAGCACAGAGACAACAAGGACCUCAUGUCGGAAAGGACAAACUACCUCAGGAUCCCCUCAGAUGACCUCAAACACUCUCCUCCCAGCAGUGACCUCACUAGACCCGCAACAUCCAGCGCCUCAUCCAUGGUCACCUCAUUCCGCAGAGCACUGCCUUCUCUUUCGCCUGGAGGGUGCUCACCACCAGUGGGCAUGGCCGUCUUUUCAGACCGCCUCCCUUCCAAACCCACGUCUGCCACUCGGAGCAAUACUGAGGAUGCAGUGGACCUCAGGAAGAUCAAACGAGGGGGGCAGAUUAUUGGUUACAAGACCCUGUCUUACCCCCUCACCAGGCAGAACGGAAAGAUCCGGUAUGAGUGCAACGUCUGUGGAAAGGUCUUCGGGCAGCUGUCCAACCUCAAGGUCCAUCUGCGAGUGCACAGCGGAGAGCGUCCCUUCAGGUGUCAGACCUGCAAUAAGACCUUCACUCAGCUGGCCCACCUGCAGAAACACUACCUGGUUCACACUGGAGAGAAACCUCACGAGUGCAAGGUGUGCCAUAAGCGAUUCAGCAGCACUAGCAACUUGAAGACCCACCAGCGGCUGCACUCAGGUGAGAGGCCUUACCAGUGCAAGCUCUGCCCUGCCCGCUUCACUCAAUUUGUCCACCUCAAGCUCCACAAACGCCUCCACACCGGGGAACGACCUCACCGGUGUCCCUGCUGCCCCUGUGCCUAUCUCCACUACUGCAGCCUCCAGGUGCACCUCCGAGGCUUCUGCCCUCUCUCCCCCUCAGCCACCCACAGACACUCGCCGGAGGAGCUGCACCGAGUCAACGCCGAGAUCGAGAUGUUCGAUAUGAGCGAGGCGGCGGAGCAGCUCGAGGCCAUGGCUACAGAGGCCGAGAUGGACAAAGGGGAUGUUAUCGACCUGAUAAAGAAGAUGGAGACCUCGGGCCACCACAGUGAAGGGGAAGGGGAGACUGAGCUGAGCAUCUACAAAUCAGCAAAGGAGUGCUCUGCCGUUCAGCUGCACCGCAGCCCUCUACCUCUGCAUUCAACCAGCAUCAAGCUGGAGUCAGGCUGCAUAUCAGAGCCCUAAAACAGCCUUGCUAAUCCAGCCAUAUAAUCCUUACAGGUCAACUCAGCAGCUGUCUGUUACUGCCCUAUUUGAAGUAAAGCCUUAUCUCAAUCAUGGAUUGCCUAGCCUAUACUCUACACAGGCUGUAGCGUGUGAGGAAUCAAGACUCUACCAGCAUGGCCUGGGACCAGAGACUUGAUCGAUGUAAUGUAUAUGUUAAUUUAUUCUGUUGCUAACAUUAAUCUAUACAAACAGAGAAUUUAUGUCUUUUUUGUAUCUCUGAAACAUCUUCAUGGACCAACAACUAAACAUUUGAUUUUGCAUCAACAAA